UUGCAAAGCCUCAGUUAUUCACUAAAGGCUCCUUGCCCAGUGCCAGAAAGCCUCACUCCUUUUGCCAUUCACUUGGGAGAAUGAAUAAAUUUAGGCAAAUCAGGAGCAGGGCAAAUCUGGAGAAAUUACAAAGGGGAGGAGUUCACCUUCCUGCUAUGGCUUUCAGGUCUGUCCUGGACUACUUACUCCAGUAUAAAACUGAGAGCAGAAAUAUGAUCACAUCCUGAGGAGUCUAAUCAAUUCUGGUUUCAACACUGAGCCUAUUUAAAAUAGAGAAUGGAAUUGCUGCUCCUUGCUCUCUCCUGCCUGCACUUUCUCAAGACAGAGGCAGUAGUGGGUCACUGGUGCUAUCGGUCCCAGAAGUGUGAGCAGCCACAGUGUAAAGAUCCUCCUCGAUGGCACCUGGUGAACGUGGAGUGCAAGGGGAGCAGGCAGUCCCCUGUCAACAUUGUCACCAAAAAUGUGGUUUGUGACAAGAGCCUCAAGCCCCUGACUUUUGAAGGGUAUGAUGUGAAGGGCUCUGCCAAGUGGCUCCUGGAAAAUAAUGGCCACACAGUUAAAGUGACACUAAACGGAUCCCCCAAAAUCGGAGGAGGAGGCCUGAAGAGGAAAUACAAGGCAGUAGAAUUCCAUUUGCACUGGGGAGUCCCAGAGGAGCCACAAAGCAUCCCUGGCUCAGAGCACAGCAUAGAUGGAGAGAAAUACCCCAUGGAGCUUCACAUCGUCCACAUAAGAGAAGAUGUUUCAAGUGUGACAGAAGCCAAGAAAACUCCAGAUGGUUUGGCUGUGUUGGCCUUCUUUGUCAAGGCUGACGAAGAAAAUAGAAACUAUACAACUCUACUGAAUCGUUUAGAAGCUCUCAAAUACAAAGGUAAGACGCUCGUGCCAGGGAUUUCACAAGCUGUGUGGGGUGAGGAUAAAACCUGCAGCCACAAGCAUCACAAGGGAUUUUCCCCUGUGGUUUUUCCAGGGGACUCAGCAGAGCUGGAUCCUUUACCACUGAUGUCUCUUCUCCCACCUGAGGAGGACCUUGGGAGGUACUAUCGCUAUGAGGGCUCCCUCACCACCCCUGACUGCUAUGAAGGUGUCACCUGGACCAUAUUUGAGAAGCCAGUUGAGCUCAGCCUGCGCCAGCUUUCCAAGUUUGCAACACUGCACUUUGAUUCCACGAACUCCAGUGCCAUGACGGAGAAUUUCCGGCCAGCCCAGCCCCUGAACGGGCGCACGGUGCUCUGGUCAGGGGCCAGCAUCGCCCUGCCCGUGGCCAAGCUGCUGCUGCUGCUGCCCCUGGCUCUGAGCUGCACCCUCAGCUCCCUGUGCCACUGAGCCUCUCCCACCCCAUCAGCAUCCUGCUCCUUUAUUUCUUGUUAUUUUUUGCUGUUCUUUGUCUCAGCCUCUCAUGGAUUGUGUCCCAAUAUAGAAUAGCCUUGUGCUCCUCCAGAUAUGAACCAAGGGUUUCUGUGCUGCUCUGGUGGAAGCCAAACCACCAGAACUCAGAGGCACUGGGAGAUAAAGCAAUGACAAUUCAAUUUUAAAGCCAAUACACUUAGAGAAAUUGGACUAUCUGUAGUUCUAAGCCAGCACUGGAAGGAGCUGCACAGAGACCCUUGGAGAGGAAUCUGUUCUUAAGUGCCUGUGAGGGGGUUGGUUUGGAGCAUGUUUACAUUCAACACUGCAAAUCUGGCAGGGAAAUGUGGAGUCAAUCCCACAUUGUCCUACCUGAAGGUACAACACAGAGCAGAGAUAAAACCUCACACACAGCCCAGCAGCAUCUGGCUCAUCCCCUUAGGGAAGGGCACUCACCCAACACAGAAAUCCCUCUCCUUCCUCCCGAAUGUCUCAGUUGAUUUCAGAUAAGGACACUGGAUCCCUUCCACCCAUCUCCUGCUGGGGGCUAUGGGGUUCCUCUGUUAUUUAUUCAUCCUUCUCUGGGAUGCCAUGGCCAAUGUGAUGUGCUGGGAGGCUCAUCCCCACGGACCAGAGGCACAUCUGUGGAAAUUCCUUCUCUUUGGAGGGCUCCUUUUGAAGCAGGAGACUCUGACGAUCCCUUGCAGUUGUGAUUCGCCUGAUAAAAUAGGACAGCUCAAGAAAUAGCUCUUUCUUAUAUAUAAAUAUAUAUAAUUAUAUAUAUAUAUUUCUUUUAUACAUGUAAUUUUGUAUAGUAGCAUAUCUGGAAUAUUCACAUAUGGUCAAGAUUCAUAGGUUUUUUUUUCCACAGAGAUUGUGGUUUGAACCAAUUCCUUCAGUUCUUACCCAAUUACUUAUAGAAAAUACAUUGGGAAAUGGGGUUUCCUUUUAUUAUUCCAGUUCUCUCUCUGAAGAGGGUCAUAACAUUUCUCUUUGGUUAGUGCCAUAUAGCAUUUUACAGCUUCUUUUAGGAUUUUAGAUUUUGGCCACACCAAAAUAGGAUUUCAUAUUAGCAGAUUUGUAUUUUUUUCCUUUAAGGGCAAUGUUUGCAGAGAUGACUUUAUAUAUUUUCAGAAAAAUCCUGGCAGUGAGAAGAACCACAGCUCACCAAAGGGAAGGUGAAAUUAUUUUCAUAUUAAUCAAUUAGUAAAGCUUUAAAAAUAUAUAUAUGGGAAAACAAAUGAACCUAUUUAAGUUUAAAGGAAAGAUUAAUACUUUAACUGUAUUUUUUGUAAAAACUGAAAACCUUUGGAGGAGCAAGAAGAAAUUAAAUAUUAAAGGUGAACAACAGACCUGUA